AAUGUAAACAUAAAAAAUUCCAAAUCCAAACUCCGAAAUCUGGAAAUGAGUCAGAGAAAUGCGAAUUUUGGUAUCAAAAGCUAUUUCAAAUUCAUUGUGUAUCAAAAUCUCUACUUCAACUUUUGAAAUAAUGGAGUUGAGCUUUCUUUGAACUUUCGUUGAGUGUUGCCAUAAAUUCAAUUCGUAUUCGAUGGGUGUGUGUUUAUGAAUUCACCGGCGCUUCCUGAAGUGUUCGCUCCUUCAAAUCGCAGUCAAACAAACGAAAAAUUGGUCCACGAAAAAACAUCGUCGUAAUUAUUCGUACCUUCUUGAAUACCAAUUCGAUCGAAGAGACCAUCAAUAAUAAACACAAAUUUAGUAUUUCUGAAAUAAUAAAGAAAAGAUGCAUAAAAAAAUAUCCAAAUGAUAUCGUUGAUUACGAUUGCAACCUCUAUUUUGGUUGUGUUUCACAGCUCAACUCAUUAUUAUGGUGAAGCGAUGUCACCUCCUCAAGGCAUUUGUAGCUUUUACCACGGUCAGAUAUGUAAAGGAUAUUUGAACGAAUCGGUUCGUGUAUGGUUUAAUAACACGAAAGGAAAUGACAACGAGAAAAUUGUCACCGGAUUAUGGAAAGAAAUGAUCGAAGGGUUCAAAGAACCUUGUCGUCGGGCAGCUGAGAAACUCCUAUGUACUUACGCUUUCCCAGAAUGCGGUUCAGAAAACGGUUAUCAGAUCGGAUUACCUUUAUGCUACGAAGAUUGUGUGGCUGUUAGGGAUCUAUUCUGUUACAACGAUUGGGCUCUAAUUUUAGCCAACAGAGAUAAGGGUAUUACUUUCAACUCCAGAGGUCAUUUUACCCUUCCGAAUUGCGACAAGCUGCCCAGAUAUAAUUUCGAUCACGUGUCACCCUCAUGUUCCUAUGCCAAAUUAACAGAAAUGAAAAAAGAUGAAAUUACUUACGACUGUGUUCAAGGAAAUGGUCGAUACUAUCAAGGUACCAAAAACGUUACCAGAACAGGAAUACCUUGUCAGCGUUGGGAUUCUAAAUCACCUCAUGAUUUUGAAAGACCUCCCAAAGUAUUCCCAGAGAUACAAAAUUCUGAGAAUUAUUGUCGAAAUGCCGGCGGCGAGGUGGCUACUCCUUGGUGUUAUACUUCUAAUCCAGAUAUACGUUGGCAACAGUGUGAUAUUCCAGCUUGCAACGGAUCUGUCUCCGUAACUCAAGAAAAAGUCGCCAAUACCUUGGAUAUUGCUGUGCAACUUUUCUACAGAUAUCCAUAUUUGAUUACAAUAAUUGCCUCGGGCAUAUUGAUUAUAUUUGUCUUGUUUCCAUUGCUGAUAAUCUGCCAUCGAAUGUGCCGGAAGAAACUGGUUGUCUAUCGUCCUACACCUACUCAAGAUACAAACAUAGACCUGCAAAAAUUACCCGAUAACAAAUCCUAUCACAAAUCGAGCGCUUGCCUAAAUCCAAAAUUAGAAAAGUUGGAAUUUCCUAGAAAUGAUAUAAUCUAUAUUCGCGAUUUAGGUCAAGGUGCUUUUGGACGAGUGUUCCAGGCUAAAGCUCCCGGCUUAUUGAAAGGCGAAGAAUUCACCAUAGUUGCGGUGAAGAUGCUGAAAAACGAAGCCACCGAUGAUCUGAGAUCUGAUUUCGAAAGAGAGGCUUGCCUAUUGAGCGAAUUCGAUCAUCCUAAUAUCGUAAAGUUAUUGGGUGUUUGCGCUGUCGGUCAACCAAUGUGCCUGUUAUUCGAAUACAUGGGUCGGGGCGACGUCAGCGAAUUCUUGCGGUCUUGCUCACCCAGUAACUAUAUCCUCAGAUCGAUCGAAAAUGGCAAUAUUUUCCAAGACAUCCAGCUGACAAGUCUGGAUUUAUUAAACAUCGCCCAACAAAUAGCCGCCGGAAUGGUGUAUCUUUCUGACAGGAAAUUCGUUCAUCGAGAUUUAGCUACUAGGAAUUGCCUCAUAAACGACGCUAUGGUCGUCAAAAUCGCUGAUUUUGGUUUAUCGCAAAAGAUGUAUCUGCAAAAUUACUACAAAGGUGGCGAACAAGACGCCAUACCUAUUCGAUGGAUGCCUUUGGAAAGCAUUCUAUACAAUAAGUACACCAUAGAGUCGGAUGUUUGGGCAUUCGGAGUCUGCCUUUGGGAAGUAUUCUCAUUUGCUCUGCAACCCUAUUAUGGGAUGACUCAUCAGGAAGUUGUCAAGUUCAUCAAGGAUGGUAAUGUCCUGCAGUGUCCUGACAAUACUCCAAAAAAUGUGUACGAUCUCAUGAAAUCAUGCUGGAAUAAGAAGCCUGCUUCCAGGCCUAAUUUCCGCGUCAUUUACCAAACCCUAGAUAUUAUAAGAUUAGAUGUAUUAAGACAGAAUGGUAUGUUACAGAAUAUGUAAACUUUUUUUAAUCAGAUGAUUCGAUGUCUUGUAGAAUAAUGGCCAACUGGCUAAGGAAUGUUGGCAGAAAGUUGUAGUUUUUGUUGAAGCUGACAGAUGAUUUUUAAAGCGAUUUUUGUCCACUUUCUGCCAGUAUUUCAUGGCCUAUACCUAUCUUUGUGUACUUGAGUGAAAGGAAUUUUCAUUUUCUGAUUUUAAUAUCCAUGAUUAUGUUUCUAGAUGAAAAAUUUGUUCAAUUUUAUGUUAACUACUUUCAUUUUCUAGUCUGUUAAUAUUUAUGCUUUUCCUUUUUUUUGCUGGAGGAAUUAUGAUGCUUUCAUAUUGAUUAAAGUUAAAUAUCAUGACUUCACAACUGCCCGACAAAUUUUUAAAUGUUUUUUGAUAGCUUGUUUAUUUAUUGAAAAUUUAUUACAGUUUUAUACCUUUUUCAAGUUUUUAUUUUAUGUAUUUAUAUUUUUUUAAUGUGCCUUUUAUUAUUUUUCAUUAAUUUUUUAAAAACAUUUUCAAUGAGAUUUUUCUAUGUACAAUGUGUGAAUUUUAUACGCGCAGCUAUUGUUAUUUAGUUACUAGUCGUUUUAUGUGUCAUAUUUUACUCAAGUGUGAUUUUAAUAUCGGAUAAUUCGAAAUGUUUGGCAGCUUUCAGAUGUGUACUUUCUUCCUUAUUUCUUUUUGUAGAAAAAUAAACGUGUAAUUUAAAUACA